GGCGGAGCGGAAGGGCGUGAGGACCCCACAGUUUGUCUCUGCUUCUCCCUUUCCCUCUACCUCUCAGGCUUCUUCAGGCUCACAGGCUUGAAGCCGCCCGACCUCUGUCUUCCCUUCUUCCUAGCCUCCUAUUGUCUCACUAAUUAAAGGCGCCUUGAGUAAUUCCCCCUGCUGCGAGCCGCUGGCGCUGCGCCAGCAUCCCGCUGGGGACAGCAGCCGCGGGCGCCUGGUACCCGGGCGCCGAGGAGACACCUGGGCGCUGGCGUGGGACAGCUGGGGAAGGAGGCAGAGCGGGGCAGAGAGGACGUAGCCCAGGGACCGGACCGGAAAGGCAGAGGUAACUAAGCUCCGCAGCCAGGAGGAGAGGGUUCUGGAAGGAGCCCUGAGAAUUCUCCCCAAUGCUCCACCUCUGAGCAGGGACCUCGGAACCCACCCCUCAGCUGGGCAGAUGGCAGGAAGUCAGGCAGCUGCAGUGCCUCCUCCUGGCAGCUAGGCUGGAAGCCCCUGGCACUGCUGGCUCCUGACCAGCUGCACCUUCUGACCAGCUGUUUCCCCAGCCCCGCCUCUCUGCCAACGUUCCCCCCUCCUCCUACCCAGAACCCCCAGACCCUCAGUCUCUUCCUGCCUGAGGAUCCCAAAGGGCAGAAGCCUGAGGCCAGGUGGCUGCCCUGAGGGGUGGUGAAGAGGUGGCGGACCUGUCCAGGAGAAGGCAGGGACUGCCUUGCCCCAGCUGGGUUCAAAGCCAAUUCACCUGGGACUUCAAACAAUUAAUUUCCCCAAUCUGCAAAACGAUCAGCUUCAGAGGGAAAACAAUUAGCCUGCUGCAAAUUGUAAUUGUCAUCUCACUCCUGAUUUUAAUUUGGACUAAUGAGGGCUAAGUGAUUCGGGCUCCCUCCCCUCCCACUGCCCCAUGGCCCUGGGUCCUCACCUGCCAGCGGGCAUUUAUCGCUGGGCUGCCCGUUUUGCACCAGAGGCUGAGGGAGGCCUGGGGUCUGGCAUGGGGCAGGGUUGGGCUGAGCAGGGGCUGGCAGGAGGGAGGCAGGAAGAGAGUACCUGGGGCCCACAGGGGAGCUGCCUGUUUACAAGGCUCCUAGGCAAUCAAAGUUUUAUUGAACGGAAUUGACUACCAGCUCCAUCCUCUGUCACAGCCAGUUACCUCUGGUGGCGCGGUCCCUGGGGACCCAGCUUCCAGGAGCAACUGCCGACCUCCCUUGGUUCAGGCGCCUCUGCCCCGCCUUGCUCUUCCCCACCCACUGCCUGCUCUCCUGUGGUGAGGCUGCGAUUCCCUGCAGCUGGGAGAGGGAUCCAGUGCCCGCCAUCUGCUGCUCAUGGGGGCUGCUGUGGGUGACUUUGCAUCAUUUAGCCUAAGCCCGCUUCUGCUAAACAAACCAAGGCCUGGAGCAGGGACUUGCUCAAGGUCACACAGGGGGCCGGCCUCAGGAGGAGGAACACACCGCCCAUCAUCAUGCUUCUUAUGGCUUACUUGUCUCUCCUCUCCUUGGGUGCUGCUUUGCGCUCUUGCUCAUGGCUCCGCCCCCAGCACAGUGCCUGGCAUCCUCAAGGAUGCAGGACAGGAGGCACCGAUAAAGUCUGGAGUCUGCCACGCCCCUCCCCCCCACUUAGCCUCAUUUCCGGUUAGGCUGGUUUGAUUCAUUCAUUCACAUGUUACAUUCAUUCAUUCAUCACUGCAGCUGUGUGCUGGGAACCAUGUGAGGUGCCGGGAUACAAAGACAAAUAAGACCCAUUCCUGCCCUUCAGGACCUCACAGCUCGUGGUUUUCAUGUGUGGAGCUGUUCAGACCUGGGUCCUCAACCCCCAGUAGGUCACUAUUUAGUGGGAACUGACCCUAAUCCAGCAGGUAAGGGUAUGGACGCUGGCUCCUGCCCCCGCUGUGGUGUGACCCUGAGCUCCCCCACGUUGUUAAGUUGCUGCUGCUUGAGGAGUUCUGUUUGGAAGCAGGAAUUCUGAGUUCUUACCCUAGCUUUGCCAUUGGCUCUCUCGGUGUCCUUCACGAAUCCCUUCCUCCUUCCUGAAGCCAGGGUCUUGGGGCUCCGGUGCCUCCCUCGCUACCUUUUAUGACUCCGGCAGAAGCUCACCCCGCUGCACGCUGGUGGCAGCGCCGUGGCUGGUGGCAGGCCGUGUCUGGGCAGGAGCUGCCGGGGUCCGGGCUGCCCCCACCACGGAGUAACCUGAAGUCUGGAGCCUCCCAUUCCUCGUAGGUAAAGCAGGGCUGGUGGUGAGCAACGGCGUGCUUGGAGGCCAGGCAGGUGACAUGUUUGCACAGCAGCGGGCGGGCGUGGAGCGCCCCACGGGACCCCUUGAACAAAACCCGCCUUGCCGCACAAGAGGCAUUGUUGGUUUACCCUGGUGGGCGCCACUGCAUCUUGGGUGCAAUCCUUCAGUUUGGGGGGACCACUGCCCAGAGGCACGUGGGGAUGUGGAAAGCACAUGGAACUAGUUGAGAAGGGAUUUCCUCGCUGAUCCACAGCUUCCUGGACCACUGGAUUGAGUCCUCUCCCAGGCUUCCAUUCGGGCAGGCUGCUGGGCCGGCCUUGGAGUUCAGGGUCAGAGAGAGAAACCGUCAACCCCCAGCCAGACUUGGUCAGAGGCCUGGAGGACUGGCUAACACUGGCUGCCCAGACAGGAUGUGGCAAUGAGUGAGCAGACCCUGCGCCAGUGGACAAGGAUGGAGAGCCACACCCAGGAGGGCCGGAAAUAAUGCCCACCUAUCCCCACGUAGAAUGACUACCCUGGGAGGGUGAUUCCUUCCGCCCUGGCAGGGCUGCUGACUCUCAGCCUGCAAACCACUUCUGCAAAGAGCAGAAGGACUCAAGACUCUUCUUGUGGAUGGUCCCCUGCCCUGCAGCGCCACCAUGAGGCUCCUCGUGGCCCCCCUCUUGCUGGCUUGGGUGGCUAGUGCCACUGCCGCUGUACCCGUGGUGCCCUGGCGCGUGCCCUGCCCCCCUCAGUGUGCCUGCCAGAUCCGGCCCUGGUAUACACCGCGAUCCUCCUACCGUGAGGCCACCACCGUGGACUGCAAUGACCUAUUCCUGACGGCCGUGCCCCCCGCGCUGCCCGCAGGCACGCAGACCCUGCUGCUACAGAGCAACGGCAUUGUCCGAGUGGACCAGAGUGAGCUCGGCUACCUGGCCAACCUCACAGAGCUGGACCUGUCCCAGAACAGCUUUUCAGACACCCGAGACUGUGAUUUCCGUGCCCUGCCCCAGCUCCUGAGUCUGCACCUGGAGGAGAACCAGCUGACCCGCCUGGAGGACCACAGCUUUGCAGGGCUGGCCAGCCUGCAGGAGCUCUAUCUCAACCACAACCAGCUGUACCGCAUCGCCCCCAGGGCCUUCUCUGGCCUCAGCAACCUGCUGCGGCUGCACCUCAACUCCAACCUGCUGAGGGCCGUUGACAGCCGCUGGUUCGAGAUGCUACCCAACCUGGAGAUCCUCAUGAUUGGCGGCAACAAGGUGGACGCCAUCCUGGACAUGAACUUCCGGCCCCUGGCCAACCUGCGCAGCCUGGUGCUCGCGGGCAUGAACCUGCGGGAGAUCUCCGACUAUGCCCUGGAGGGGCUGCAAAGCCUGGAGAGCCUCUCCUUCUAUGACAACCGGCUGGCCCGGGUGCCCCGGCGAGCGCUGGAGCAGGUGCCUGGGCUCAAGUUCCUAGACCUGAACAAGAACCCGCUCCAGCGAGUGGGGCCCGGGGACUUUGCCAAUAUGCUGCACCUGAAGGAGCUGGGGCUGAACAACAUGGAGGAGCUGGUUUCCAUCGACAAGUUUGCCCUGGUCAACCUCCCCGAGCUGACCAAGCUGGACAUCACCAACAACCCCCGGCUGUCUUUCAUCCACCCCCGCGCCUUCCACCACCUGCCCCAGAUGGAGACCCUCAUGCUCAACAACAACGCUCUCAGUGCCUUGCACCAGCAGACAGUGGAGUCCCUGCCCAACCUGCAGGAGGUGGGUCUCCAUGGCAACCCCAUCCGCUGUGACUGUGUCAUCCGCUGGGCCAAUGCCACGGGCACCCGUGUCCGCUUCAUUGAGCCACAGUCCACUCUGUGUGCUGAGCCCCCAGACCUCCAGCGCCGCCCAGUGCGAGAGGUGCCCUUCCGGGAGAUGACGGACCACUGCCUGCCCCUCAUCUCCCCCCGCAGUUUCCCCCCCAGCCUCCAGGUGGCCAGUGGAGAGAGCCUGGUGUUGCACUGCCGGGCACUGGCUGAACCAGAACCCGAGAUCUACUGGGUCACUCCAGCUGGGGUUCGACUGACGGCUGCCCGGGCAGGCAGGAGGUACCAGGUGUACCCCGAGGGGACCCUGGAGCUGCGGAGAGUGACAGCAAAAGAGGCAGGGCUGUACACCUGUGUGGCCCAGAACCUGGUAGGGGCUGACACUAAGACGGUUAGUGUGGUUGUUGGCCGGGCUCCCUUGCAGCCAGGCAGAGACAAGGAACGGGGUCUAGAACUCCGGGUACAGGAGACCCACCCCUAUCACAUCCUACUGUCUUGGGUCUCCCCACCCAACACCGUCUCCACCAACCUCACCUGGUCCAGCGCCUCCUCCCUCCAGGGCCACGGGGCCACUGCCCUGGCCCGACUGCCACGGGGCACCCACAGCUACAACAUUACCCGCCUCCUUCAGGCCACGGAGUACUGGGCCUGCCUGCAAGUGGCCUUUGCUGACGCCCAUACCCAGUUGGCAUGUGUAUGGGCCAGGACUAAAGAGGCUGCUCCUUGUCACAGGGCCUUAGGGGACAGACCUGGGCUCAUAGCCAUUCUGGCUCUCGCCGUCUUCCUGCUGGCAGCCGGGCUGGCGGCCCACCUCGGCACUGGCCAGCCCAGGCAGGGAGUGGGGGGGCGGCCUCUCCUUCCAGCCUGGGCUCUCUGGGGCUGGAGCGCCCCUUCAGCCCGGGUGGUGUCUGCACCUCUUGUCCUGCACUGGAAUCCAGGGAGGAAGCUACCCAGGUCCUCAGAAGGGGAGACACUGUCACCACCAUUGUUGCAAAAUUCCUGAAGCUCAGCCUGUUCUCAGAGGUAGAGAAGUAUCUGGGACUACUAUUUACCAAAAGGGACGCAAUCUGGGCCAGAUGCCCUGCCAGGAACGUGACACAGACUCACGAGCUUGAGGCCUGGCAGCUGGACCAAGACAGCUGGCUCUGUGGCCCCAGGGGGUGCCCCUGCAGCCUCCAGAAGGCCACCCUUACCUUCUGGGCUCCUCUGCUGCCAUUCUGAGGAGCAUCUCCAAGGAAAAGGAAGCACUCUGGCUAGAGCCUCCCACCUCCCCAGUUGUCUAUAUGCCCAGAGGCUCCUGGGCCUCUGCCUGGAUGUCCGCUGCCUGUGUCCCCAGGCCCUUGGCCCACAGGCCGUGCCCCCUCCUCUUCUCUGUCUUUGUAAAGUCUCAGUUGCUUGCUCCUUCCCCUCCUGGGCAAGGGCUGAAGGAGGCCUCUCCUCCCCACCUUGGGGGACUGCUCCCCAAGUGGGCCCCCAGCUGGAUCUGAAGGACAUUUGGGAGCGGGAUGCCCGGGAGUGCCUCGUCCCGGCAGCCCAGGUCGGCACCUCGAGGUGGACUUUCUACAGGCAAUUUUGUACCUUCGUGGAGAAAUGUGUCACCUCCCCCCAGCCGAAGUCACUCUUUUCUCCUGUUUUGUAAAAAAAAAUAAAAAUAAAUAAGAAUAACAAUCAUAAGGGGAGGGGGAGG